UUUACUUUUGACCCUAAUUUUGCUAUCCGUGGACUACAUUAUGAUUUCAACAAUGGUUGGUUGAUGAAAAUAGAUAAUAUGGCCAAUAUUCAACUAAAUACAGUCCAUGCUGGUAGGACACCCAUUAAAGAUCUAAAUCAAGUGGUUGAGUUGCAUAAAGGAAGGCACAUUACACCCGAGUACUUGAAAACCAACAUGUUUCAGUUGAGUGACUUGUUCUCCAUACCACAAGCAACACUGUUAAGUGAUCUCGUUCAGUAUUUCCAGGAUCACAAUAUGAGUUUUCAUCCUCGCUACUUGUCUGAUGAUGUGAGCACAGCUGCACGUAUUCUUCACACUGGUGCUCACGGUAUAGGUGGUACACUCCAUAUGGAAGUCAUGCAAGACAUGUCCCUCUACCUUGAACGAGCCCCAAAGCUUGUAGGCUAUCUAGAACACCUUCGCAAGCAAGGCAAAAAGACAUUCUUAUUAACGAAUAGUACUUAUGCAUUUAUUGACAAGGGCAUGAGCUAUUUGAUGUCAAGUGAUGAUUGGCGCGACUUGUUUGAUUGUGUGGUUGUUUCUGCCAGAAAGCCUGAAUUCUAUAAAAGUCGUCGGCCCUUUAGAAAAGUCAAUGAGCCUAAUUGGGAUGCAGUCAAUACAUUUCAACAAGGAGAAGCUUAUCAAGCUGGAAAUAUUCAUGACUUUGCAAAAUUGACAGGUUGGUCAGGCCAAAAAGUACUUUAUUUUGGUGAUCAUGUCUUUUCUGAUCUAGCAGAUGCUUCCAUACAACAUGGCUGGCGUACAGGUGCUAUUAUUCAUGAACUAGCGAAAGAGAUUGAGAUCAGAAACCAUCCGGAUUAUAGACACUCUCUUUCAUGGCUUCUUCGUCUAGAAAGACUCUUGAAUGAAGCUCAAUCAUGUCGCAAAGAAUACAACCAAACGGACGGCCUUGAAUCCUUGAUAUCUGAAUGGAGACAAGAAAGAAGAGAUGUCCGACAUAAACUCAAGACAGCCUUUAACGAAUCCUUUGGAAGUGUAUUUCGAACAUAUCAAAAUCCUUCUUUCUUUGCAAACAAGAUCAGGAAAUUUGCAGACAUUUAUAUGUCCAAUGUCACUAAUUUGGAUCGUAUUUCUCUAGACUAUAUGUUUUAUCCAAAUCGAACAUAUUUGCCUCAUGAAAGAUUAAUAGAGACAUUGAUUGAUACAGGAGGCAGGAUAAAAGAGUAUUUGCCAGAAAAAUAA